UAGAAUCUUGAUACGGCAUUGUCUGUAUCAUCUUAUCCUACAUGGUGGGUUUUCACACCCGGCUGACAGAAAGUCGACGCCCCGUUGAAAUGCACCACACCGCAGCCAUAUUGGAAUGGAAAGCAUCAGCAUCGUCCCGUCGGGCAUUCGUCAUUCCCAAGGAGCCCAAUUGGCCGCUCGCAAACGCGGGGUCUGCAGCGGAAGUCACGUCGCCGCUUUUAGUAAUAGGAGAUGAACACCCCCUGGUGCUGGGGCUACGGGUACUGUAUUUAACGGUGGCUGCUGUCGAAAUCCGCCGUUCGACCAGGCUGCCGGGACCCGAUGCCCAGAGGCCGCCAUUGAUAUUUUUUGGGGCUGCACAAGAAGACGGACCAGGCGAUAGUUGCCGGCAGUCUGCCGCAGAGUUGGCGGCACGAAAAGACACAGGCGUGCUCCCGCGCACGCACACACACACACACACAUGUGGGGUAUUCCUAGCACCCCCACUAUUUGUCACUGCAGAGCCUUUUUCCGUUGGCCUGGACGUCGCUUGUCGUCAGGUCACGUUUUGUCUUGAUUCCUCUGGUAAUGAGGGAGUUAGGGGACCCUUACCAUGUACAACGUACAGCACUGUCCAAAGGUCCAUUUUCGCUACAACCAACAGAAACUGGCAAAUUGUACUGUACACUCCAAGGUAUGUAUGUACGGUAUGGUACACAAAGUUUGAAAACCAGGGUUGCACAGCCGUCGUCUUGCGCCCCAGUGAGAGUGCAGCGCACGAGUCGCCCUCCAUGCUGUCUGGAACUGCAAACCAGGCAGGACCUGCCGACCCGCACGCUAGGUUAGGUUCCUAG